AUGCUACCUUAUAAUCUGUCCUUUCCUCUUUUCGAAACCGAUCAUCAGGGAGAGGUGGUUAGCUUCUCUGGAAGUCAAGUCUAUUGUUUGACUGAAAAUCAAGGCAUUCGUACGCAUUCUGUGUCUUUUUCGUCAGCCAUGUGUCUGUAUAUUGAAGCUAAUCGACUGGACGAAGCUCGAAGCCUAGCCUGUCUCGGAGUCACUGACGCCGAUCUUGAGCUUAUGGGUCAAGUGGCGCUGCUCCGUUUACACCUCCAGGUCGCAAAAUAUGCUUAUAUGGUGGUACGAAACAUACCCCUCUUGGACCUCAUCCAGCAAUUAGAGGGAUCUCAGUAA